AAAGAUAACAUUGUCCCUCCGCAAUAAUGGACCACUGGUUUGGUUGAUUCACUAAAGAGAGUGUGUGUGUGUGAGGACUCUAUUUAAAGGCACUGCUUAACUCGAUCAUUAUUCCAUCGCUCCAAAUAAAAUUAAAAAGAAGAUGGCUCUCGAAGUCUGCGUGAAAGCCGCCGUUGGUGCCCCUGAUGUUCUCGGCGACUGCCCUUUCAGCCAACGGGUUCUUCUCACCCUCGAGGAGAAGAAUCUGCCCUACAAAAUGCAUCUCAUUAACGUCUCCGACAAACCUCAAUGGUUCUUAGCCAUUAGUCCUGAAGGGAAAGUACCAGUGCUUAAGAACGACGACAAGUGGGUUCCUGACUCCGACGUCAUCACCGGCAUUCUCGAGGAGAAGUACCCCGAGCCAUCUCUCAAAACCCCUCCCGAGUUUGCCUCCGUCGGAUCCAAAAUCUUCGGCGCUUUCGUCACUUUCUUGAAGAGCAAAGACUCCAGCGACGGAUCCGAGAAGGCCUUGCUCGAUGAGCUUGAAGCUCUCGAGGCUCACCUCAAGACUCAUGACGGUCCUUUCAUCGCGGGUGGGAAAGUCAGCGCGGUGGAUCUUAGCUUAGCACCAAAGCUUUACCAUCUCAAGGUCGCUCUCGGACACUACAAAAGCUGGUCCGUCCCCGAGAGCUUGCCUCAUGUUCAUGGCUACAUGAAAGCGUUGUUCUCUCUCGACUCCUUUGAGAAAACAAAGACCGAGGAGAAGUAUGUGAUAGCAGGAUGGGAACACAAGGUCAACCCCUGAUGUCAAGUACUACUAGUUCCUCCAUCUGUUGUGUGAUGGAUGAUGAUGUGGUUCAAGGUCUAUCUUCUCUUAUAUCAGUAAAAUAAUGUUCUUGGACCUGUUUAUGUUGUUGUUAUUGUGUAUCAAAUCAAAUAAUAAGGAUCGUUUGAAUUAAAA